AAUGCUCCUAUCUUCAACUGCCACAAAUAAUGGUUUCUAUUUUCGACAUGAGCUCUAGCAACAAUUCGCUGUUGAUAUGGGCCUAUGCCAUCGGAUGCUUUGAUCUGAUCAGCGCCCUGCUUUUUUCCAUGGUCAGCUUGAAGACAAUUUGCGAUCAUCUGAGUUGGUUGACCAUUUUUGCCGCUGUUUUUGGCCUUUUUUGGAUAACAAUGAUUGUGAUGCUGCUGGUUGGCAUUCAUGGGCGCAAUCCCAGAUGUGUUCGUGCCUGGAUUAUCUUCUCCUGCGUGGGCAUCAUGGUCGAGAUGUGCCUGGUGUUGUAUGCCGUUUUCAACGAGAGCACUUUCCAAAUGGGUGUGGUCAAAAAUGGAUUGUUACUCAUGCUGGGAUUGCUUGUGGAGUGCGCUUUCCUGUACAUCGUUCAACGAUUUUACGUGACUUUGGCCUUUUGUCAAGCCUGUCAUAAUGCUAAAACCUCAAAGAUGGAACAAAGUCAAGCUUGUACGAAUUAUGAAAGAGAAUGCAAUCGCCAGAGGCAGCAUUAUAACAAUGACCAGUCCAAAAGAAAUCAUAUCCAAAAUCGCAAGGGAAACAUAGUUCUAAACGCACCAACUCAACCCAUGAAGCUGAGUUCUUUUCGACCUUCUGUCAGCAGCUCGAUAACGUAAAGUGCAGGCUUCUA